AUGUCCUCGCCUCAACCCCCCACCCCGGCUCGUACAAAGAAACGUGUCUUGAAUCUUGUAAACCCCGCCGACCCCCAAGAAUUCUCACAACAAAGUACAUCCCCUACUGGAUCUCCCAACAGCUCUCCACCACAGAGUAUCCAGCUGUCCCAAAAGGAGAAGGCGUCUCCACCAUUUCCCAUCCUCCCACGUCUGAGCGAGCUGCAACACUCGCACUCGUCGUUUGGCACCCCAAACGGGGCGAAGAAGGGUAUUCUGAGAUCUUCUGGAACUCCUGGAUCAGGAAAUGGAGUACGCUUCUUCCCCAAGAACAAGUUCAGAGUGAUCACCCCAAACGCAUCCAUCAUCACCGAAACCCCCGUCAAACCCGCCCCCAACCCAAGCCCCACAUCCAGCUCGUUCUUCUCCCAGCUUCUCGCCGUCACCAUGUCUCCCCGCCGGAAAGAGCCCGAACCGGAACCUGAAACGGUCGAAGAUGAGUCUGUCGAAGUGGACGCGGAUGGGAGCUGGGAGAAACCAGGAGAGGAGGGCGAGAUCUCGUUGAUUCAUUCGACAGGCUCUGGGACGAGUAUGAUCAUCAACUCUGAUGAAGAAGAAGAGGAUGAAGAUCAAGUGGACGAAGAGACGUGGGACGGGCAGCCAGAAGUGCACUGCUCGCCGCUUGGGCUACCGAUAGUGCCCGACGGUAACACGUCCAGGGAUAUGUCUUAUGGCGAGCUCGAACUUCCAUCAGCCGAGUGGAGUCUUCCUGCCGACAUGUCGAAUCUGCUGUCUACACGGUUCUCGGAGAAGGGAUCUUUCUCUAUGAACGAUCAUCCUACAGACUCGAUGAUCGAGUCUCCCGACUCCGAGUCGGCUACGCAUACUUUUGCGCAACAGCAAGCUGCUCCUUCCCUCGCUGCUUCUUCGAGAAGUGUACGGAAAGAGGCGAGAGCCGAAGCCGACUUUUGGGGCGUCCAGCACGACGAGUCGACCAUGUCGGCUUUGAGCCGGGAGGACAGCAACCCCACUAUCCGCGCAGACCUUCAACUCUCUCCCCUCAAGGAUCCCUUGCCAUUACACGAACCUGAAAACCCCACCCUCCCCUCACCUGUUGCCCCUGCACCAUCAGGACAAGCGUUCUUGACCAGCUCAAUCUUCGCCGACAUGUCUGCUGAGCAGGCCGAGCUUACUUGGCCGCUGACGAGGAGGGCGAAUGAAGAUGAUACACUGUCGAGCAUGCAUUCGCCGGCCAGAAUCGCUUCACCAGUUGCUUCACCAAACCAACCUGUGCUCCAGAUGGAGACACCCAAAGCUGGCGACGUCACCCAAUUCUUCGACUGCACCAUGCUCUCCCCUCCUGCCACCUCCCCACUCGCACACCGAUCCACCUCAGCCCCCCUCCCCAACCUUCCCACCCUCCUAGCCCACCCCACCGAAAAACUCCUCGCAGCCCAAACAGCCCACACCCAAGCACUCACCAACGAACUCGCCCUCUACCGCUCCCUCGCCGACCGUCUCCAAGCAGAAGUCGUCGAGCGGGAUGAAGUGCUGGGCAAGAUGAAUUUGAGGAUGCUCGAUAUGGAGGUUGUUUGUGCGCAAGUGGGGGAUUUGAGGAAUGAGUUGAGGGAGGUGAGGGUUAGGGCGGAGGUGGCGGAGGCAAAGGCCAAGGCGGGGAGUGGUGAGGCGCCACCGGGGAUGGGCUCGCCGUCGCCUAUGACGAGGACGCGCAGCUCGGAAGGAGCGAGCGAGAUAAGGGAUCUGGAGAUACGGCUCGCCAAAGCGGUCAGCGACUCUGCGCACAUGUCUCGUCAGCUGGAAGAAGUCAAGCGAGUAAGAGAUCAACAAGCUGCCGAGCUGGCAGAAGCUAGGGCAGAGGCGAGGGACGCCGAAGACCGCGAGAAGAGCCGGAUGGUCAAAGUGCCAAGGUUUGAAGAUGAGCGAGAGGAGGAGGGGGAGAUGGAGGAGUUGAGGCAGGGGAUGAAAGAGUUGCAGCAGAAGGUGGAGGAGAUGGAAGAGGAAGAGGAAGAGUUGGCUCUUUUGCGGGAAGAGGCUGAACAACUCCGGGCCGAGCUUGAGGAAAUUAGGAAACCGAGCGAGGAAGUGCAGAGGUUGAGGGAAAAAGUCGACCUCCUUCGAGACCAACUCGACCAGGCCACCGAGCAUACUGAAGAAGCUCAAGCACUCCGCGCCGAGCUUUCUAGUGCCCACCAUCAGCUCGUCGAUCUCGAAUCACAAUCAUCUGAACUGUCAGAACUCCAGGCUGAGAUCCAGACUCUGCGCACGCACCUCGCCGAGAUGAAAGAGGUUAAGGCGGCGGACGAGGAGGAGAUUGAGCAUCUGGUUGGGCAGGUCGACAAGUUGAGAGAAGAGAGGAGAGAAACGGAGGGGUGGAAGAGAGAGAUGGAUGAUAUGAAGAAGAGGAUUGAGAUUGAGAGCGGGAGGAAGGCAGAGGUUGGGGAGUUGUUGGAGGAGCACCGAGAGAUAAGCAGGAAGGUUGAAGCAGAGAACCGCGAGCUCCGCAAAUCCCUUCAGACUACUCGAGAACAACUCGUCCACGCUCAAUCCGGCCCCACCACCGACCCAUCACUGGAAGCUUCCCUCCAAGCCGAGAUUAAUCGUCUUCGAGCCCAAUCCGCCUCCAAAGACCUCGAAAUUCACAAUCUGACCCGGAGAAAGGUAGAGUUGAAGGAAGAUAGGGAGAUGCUCAACAUUGCUCUGGAUUCAAAGCAACAAGAGGUCGAAUUGAUGAAACGCAAGUUUGGAGUCCGAGGUGUUGCUGGCAGUUCCGCACUCACCGCCUCUCAACGCACCAACAUGCUCUCCGAGAAUGCCACUCCCAAGGGCCUCGGCACAUCUACCGCCACCACCUGCCGGCGCCGCUCAUCCCUCAUGAUGCAGACCCCUCUUCCCGGUGGUGUUCGUGCUUCCAAGCGCAACUCGCUCGAAACACCUCUUGCGCUUCAAGGCUCCAAUCGCCAUGGUGUCCAGCUCUAUCCUAGCACCAAGAUGCCGACUCGGGUGUUGAGGAGGGAUGGUGAAGAGAAUGUUCCGCCUGUGCCCGGGGCGAGUGUGGCGAGGCAUGGGAGUUUGCGAAGGAAGGAGCGGGAGAUGACAUUGGCGUAA